AUGAUCAAAACAAAUUUUCACUGUUUUCAUUUAUUAUUCUCGUAUCUUAUUAGAAUUAAUCUCAUUUAUGGGCAACUAGCUCAAAAUAAUAUUCCAGAUUUUUUUUACAAUGUUGAUUUUUCUGGACCAUUAUUUGAUCAAGCAGUCUAUACAAUACUAUCAGAUUUUCCUGUAUCAACUCCAAUCAAUACAGAAGUAUUCAAGUUUAUUGUUAAACCUCGAACCGAUGAUAAUCAACCUAGUUUUACGCCAAGAAAAUAUAGUAAUUCCAUGCGAAAUACUACAUCGGGAUCUAUAACAGUAACAUUAAAUCAUCCAAGUUUUAGUGUUAUUAAUUUAGUAAAUGAUUCUUAUGCUCUUGUUACUAAUAUAUCUCCUUUGGAUUAUUUUUCACCUUUUAACCGUUAUUUAUUUCAAAUAAUUGCAAAACAAACAAUUCCAACUCGACCACCUGUAACUUCAAUAGCACAAGUUCAAAUCAAUCUAGAAAAUGACAAUGUUCAUGAUCCUAUGUUUAUUCCUGAAAAUCAAAUAUUUUAUAUAAGUGAAACAGCGCCGGUUGGUAUUCAAUUUGGUACAGUUUAUGCUACUGAUCUUGAUAAUGAUGAAAUUACAUAUACAAUAAAUUGUAUACAAUUUUGUAUUGAAUCUUCAACAGGUGUUUUACGACUUGAACAGCCAUUGGACUCAUCGUCACAAUCGGAAUAUUCCCUUACUGUAACAGCAACGGACAGUGGUUCAUCAUGUUUAUUGCGUCCAUCGUGUUAUAAACGUACGAAAUCAAUUGAUAUAAUAAUUAUUGUCACCGUAGUGAAUUCAAAAUCACCACGAUUUUUAAAUGAGAUAUGCGGUAAAAAUAUAUCGUUUGAUGAAAAUAAUAGACAAGGGCAAGAUAUUGCAUCGUUAAUUGUAUCGGACAGUGAUCGAGGAGAAAACGGAUUGAUUACUAUUUUGUUUCCAUCUGAACAAUUAAGAACAACAGCCAGUGGCUUAACGAAUACAGCUUAUUCUCAAUUUUAUAUUGAACAAUUGAAUCAAACGAGUACAACUCGUAUGGCUUUUAUUAGAACAAAUGAAACAUUUGAUUUUGAUAAACCAGGUGCUACUCGAGUUUGGUAUUUAUUUGUAUUAGCUACUGAUCAUGGUAAACCUCAACGGCAAGCAUUUUGUAGUUUACGUAUUAAUUUACACGAUUUAAAUGAUAAUGCACCAGUAUUCAUUAUGACAUCGUGGCAUUAUACAAUACAUCGUUCAUCUAUGAAUGCAACUCAUACACGUCUUUUACGCAUAGCAGCGUCGGAUGCUGAUUCUGGUCUGAAUGGAAUGAUUCAUUAUUAUAUUGGAACGCCUAAUCUUCCAUAUUUUUCAAUAAAUCGUACAUCUGGAACAAUUACAUUUCUUAGUAAUGUUGACAAUUUAGCUAAUUUAAAUAUUAGCCGUUUUCCAAUAACAUUUUAUGUUUAUGCACAAGAUCGCGGUACACCACCGCUACUGAGUAAAAAUAAUGCAACAGUAACAAUUCAUCUCGAUGACAGUGAUGAACCUUCAGCAGCCCGAUGGCUUGAUACGCGUUAUGAAGAGUUAAGUAUUUCAAUAACAGAAAAAUUUUAUGAAAGUUAUACAAAUCAACCAAUAUUUGAUUUUGAUCAAGGCUUUAACGGAUCUAUUAUGUAUGAAUUAUCGUCACAAACUCCAUCGAUAAUGACUGUCAGUAGUCCAUUUUCUGAUAAUACAAAUAUACCUUUUCGUGAUACACCUCUUAUAAGAAAUGGACGAAUAUUUAGUAGUGGUAUUACUGUUACUAGUGGUCUUCACGCUGAAAUUCAAAAUGUUUAUUUACUUCAUAUUCGUGUCCUUGUGAAUCCACCAUUAAUUGGUGCAAUAACAAUAACGAUCAAGGAUGAAAACGAUCAAAUUCCAACAUUUGACAUUCGUUCAAUUGUUCUGAGUGUUAUUGAACAGGAAAAUGGAAAUCGUACAAUUGCACAGAUUCAAGCAGUUGAUCGCGAUUUUGAUUUUCAUAAUAGUUAUGUUCAAUAUCGUUUAAAUCAACAAUUAAGCGAUAGUGAAGCUAUUGGAAAAUUUCAUGUCGAAUCUGAUGGUACAAUAUGGACAAAUACGAUAUUCGGAAAAGAAACUAAUAGAACAUUGUAUCGAUUAUUUAUUACAGCAUAUAAUGACGUACCAGCAUGGAAUUCCGUCAUACAAAAUUCACAAGAUUUUCAAUUCGAUAUACAAGUUAUAAGUAUUAAUGAUAAGCAGCCAAUUUUUAACAAUGGAUCAACAGCAAUAAACGUUUUUAUUAAUGAAACAACAGCCAUUGGAACUAAUAUCCUUAAUUUAACAAUAACUGAUUUAGAUAUAAAUACAAAUCUAAAUUUAGGAAUAUUAAAUGGAAAUAUUCGAAAUACUUUUAUCUUUACGUUGUUUGCCGAUAAUUCAGCAAAUUCAAUGCGUACACAAUAUGAAGCUAUAGGACAACUAAAACUUAUUGCUCCAUUAGAUUUUGAAUUACUACCAGAUUAUAGAUUGAUUUUAUUUGCAUUCGAUACUAAAAAUAUAGCAACAAUAAAUGUAACAGUUAAUUUGUUUCCACAAAAUACAAAAGCACCUUAUUUCGAUUUAAUGCCUGGUUACACAUCCUAUCAAUAUGAAGUAGUUGACGAAACUUCAUAUCCAAAACUCGAUGGACAAAUUAUUCAAGCAAUUGAUACUGACAAUCCAAAAUCACUUCUUCAUUAUGAAAUCUAUGAUAAUAAGCAUCCUUCAACUCUAAAUAAUUUGUUUCUACACGAAAUAAAUAACCAAAUUACAAUUGGCAUCAAUUCACAUGGUCUGUCUCGUGAUCUUCCAUUUGGUAAUUCUAUAUACAAUUUUGCAAUACGCGUUACUGAUGAAGAUAGAUCAGGUGUAUCAAGUUAUGUACCAGUUAGCAUAAAAGUAAUUGAUAAGAAUAACAAAGCACCAAUACCGACGAAUUCUCCGUGGAUUAUGAAAGAAGGUAUCAAUUCAAGUAUCGACAUGAUUUUUCAAGAUUAUGACGACCCAGAAGAAAAUAAUACUAUUCCUUACAGAGUUGACAUUGUUAAUCCAUCGAAUUUUAAACUUAUUGGUUCAACAAUGAAAUCUAAAGUGUCCUAUAAAUUGUUAUAUAAUGGUAUUUUAAAUCGUACAUUGACAAAAAAUUUAACUGUGACAUUCAAUGCAAGUGAUAAUAAAGGUGUCAAUAGAAUAACAUCGAUUUCAAUUGUUAUUAGCGAUGAUUUCAAUGCAUAUCCAAUAUCGAAUGGUUCGAAAACGAUUAAAGUUGUCUAUGUAAAUAGUUAUCAAAAUUCAUUACGCAAUAUUGAUCUUGGUUCGGUUUAUGUUAAUGAUUUAAAUGAUUGGUAUCGAGCUGAUAGAUUUUAUUCAAUAAGACAUGUUAGUCGUGGACAAAUAUUUAAUGUUUCAAACGGUAUUUUAAGUGCAGCAGAAACAUUAGAGCCAGGCUCGUAUACCGUUGAUGUUGAUGUUACAAAACCCAAUAUUGAAUCAUCGGCUUCAAGUAGAAUUCAACUUGAUGUUGAAGCAAUUAAUAGUGAACAUGUUCGACAAGCAUCAACAAUUCGUAUUCAGGGUGAAUAUCCUGAGACAUUAAUUGAUCCGACACUCGGCUAUCCUCUUGACAGACUUCUUAAUGCACUGGCAUCAUUCUUAUUUGUGAAUAUUCAUUCAAUAAAAAUACUUGCAAUACGCCGCGUGUUUCAAUAUCGAAAUCCAUAUGAUCUACCAAAACCUUUCGAACUUGAUAAAAACGAAACAUUGACUGAUGUCAUUUUUUAUGUACCGGCUUUCAAUCAGUUUGAAGUUGAACAUAUACUAAAUGCAAAUCUUGAUUUAUUUCAAUCACGUUUUAAAAUCAAAGCUGUAGCUAGUGGACCGAACCCGUGUAACAAUUAUCUUUGCCCUAGAGGUACAAGUUGUCGCCCAACAAGAACCAUUGGAGCAAUGCCUUUCACUGUUGAUACAAAUUUAACAUCUUUUGUUGGUAUUAAUAUUCUUGAUUCAGCUGAUUGUUUAAAUUCUACGUAUACUGUUGAUUUAACAAAUAAACCCAAUGAAUGUGUCACAACUACAUUUAAUAAUUUAACAUAUUGUUCAUCGAUUUCAUUAUUAUCAUAUGGUCCAAUAGGGCCAUGCUGUGAAAUACUUGGACGAACAUUUGAUGAGAAUUCAGGUGGAUAUGCAAGCUACGCUGGUACAAAAUUUUCCAAUAUUGCUCCGGCACGUUUUUCGUUUGAUUUUAUUGUACGAUCACAAAUAGUUGAUAGUUUAAUUUUAUUAUAUGGAAGAAAUUCAUCACGAGCGGAUGAUUUUUUUUGGAUAGCCAUUGAAAUUUAUCAAGAAAAAUUGAAAUUUCAUUUUCAAAAUCAAAUGCUCGAUGCAGAUAGACCUAUAUUGAAUUCAUCGAUAUGGUAUCAUGUGGAAUGUCAGUUCGUUGAUUCGACAGUUCUUGUAUCAAUUAAUGAUCAACAGUAUUACUUCGAAUUAAAUAAUAAUAAUAAUUCAAAUGUAUAUGAUCUGUCAACGGUCGAAUUAUAUCUUGGUGGUUUGCCUACGAUAGAUCCGCCCACAGCAAGUCUUUAUCCAUCAUUAACAUCAACAAAUACAUUUAAAGGUUGUAUACGAAAUGUUUUAUCCAAUGGUUAUUAUCUUGAUAUGUCUAAAACAUUGUCAUCAACUAAUUCGAAUUAUGGUCAAUGUCCAUGUUCUAUUACAAAUUCAUGUGUUACAAGAAAUCGUCUUACAGAUAUCAUUAUUCCUUGGUAUACGUGGCUAACUUUUAUACUUGUUUUAUUACUAUUAGCAACAAUGUUAUCAAUAGCUUUAUUGAUAUUUAUAAGAAAAAGAAUACAACUAAAAACACCAAUCAGAUUAUGUCCAAAUGAUACCAGAGAUAAUAUAAUUCAUGAUAAACAACCUGAUGGAGAAGAAGAUCACUCGAGUUAUGACCUUCAUGUAUUAAAAAAACCGGUACAUACAUUGUCAGACAGUAACAGUAUAUUUAAUAAUCACCUGUCAAAUGAUUCUGAUUCAAGGAUUUAUUAUCAACCAUCACUUGGUAUUUAUAUUCAACAAAAAAUGAAUGAUCAAACUGUAUCUUAUGCUAAUGAUACACAAUUACGAUAUCAAUAUGAAGGUGACGGCUCAAUAGCAUCAAAUUUAAGUUCUAUUGAAUCGGCAUCAGUACUUGAUUAUAAUAAUUAUAGUUUUUUCUGUUCUUUCGAGCCAAAACGUUGA